AUAUUUUUUCCUCAAUUGUUUUAUAAUUGGGUUUCUUGAAAAUAUUAGAGAAAUCUGUGUGUCGCGCCUUCUCUGUUUCCCGCCGGCUCUCCCUUUUCGCCGUCACGUCGCACCGCCGCUUCUGGCCUCCUAAUCCUCUCGGUGUUUUGUGAUUCUUUUGGUUGUCCAGAACUCCAACUUCAAGCAUGUCUGGAGAGGAGGAAGAAAAUGCUGCUGAGCUUAAAAUUGGGGAUGAGUUUUUGAAGGCCAAGUGUUUAAUGAAUUGUGAGGUUUCUUUGAUCCUUGAACACAAAUAUGAGCAACUUCAACAAAUGUCUGAGGAUCCAAUGAAUCAAGUUUCUCAAGUGUUCGAAAAGUCGCUGCAGUAUGUGAAACGCUUUAGUCGCUAUAAAAAUCCUGAUGCCGUUAGACAAGUUCGAGAAAUUCUAAGCAGGUAUCAGUUGGCUGAGUUUGAGCUCUGUGUUCUUGGCAACCUUUGUCCUGAAACCGUGGAGGAAGCUAUUGCUAUGGUACCAUCUUUGAAGGCUAAAGGGAGGGUGCACGACGACGAAGCAAUCGAGAAGAUGUUAAACGACCUGUCGUUGAUCAAAAAGUUUGAGUAGUUACUUUCUAAGUUUGGGUUAAACAUGUUCAAAUCCAAUGUCUAUCAUUUUCUCCCUUAGAACAAUGGGGAAUUGUAGCCUUCUGUGUCGUAGUAUUAUAACUUGAUGGGUCUGUUUGUAAUUGAUAUCCUUGACAAAUCUUCAAACUAAAUUUGAGUUGUAUGUUAUUCUCUUUCACCAUUAUAAUGAAAAUGUGUUUAUCAAUAAAA